CAGGGCUCCAGCUGAGCUCGGAGCCCGGCCUGGGGACUCGGGAUCCCGCUGCUGCCGGGGCCGCAGGAUGGGGCGCGUCCUCGGGGGCCUGCGCUGCAUCAAGUACAUGCUGCUUGCCUUCAACCUGCUUUUCUGGCUGGCAGGAUCUGCUGUCAUUGCUUUUGGCCUGUGGCUUCGGUUUGGAGGCAUAGUAAAGGAUUUAUCUUCAGAGGGUAAAACCCCUGAGUAUUUCUACAUGGGCCUAUAUGUGCUGGUUGGAGCAGGUGCCCUGAUGAUGACUGUGGGAUUCUUUGGCUGCUGUGGAGCUGUGCGAGAGUCCCAGUGUCUGCUCGGAUCAUUUUUCACCUGCCUACUGGUGAUCUUUGCUGCAGAGGUAACCACUGGAGUAUUUGCAUUUAUAGGCAAAGGAAUGGCUAUUCGAGAAGUUCAGACCAUGUAUGAAGAAGCAUAUAAUGGUUACCUUAAAAAUAAAAUGAACAAGACUCUAAUCACUUUCCACUCAUCAUUUCUAUGCUGUGGAAAAGAAAGCCCUGAUCAGGUCCAAUCGACAUGCCCAAGGGAGCUCCUCGAACACAAAAACUGUAUAGAUGAGAUUGAGAACGUGAUCAGUGCUAAACUCCAGCUCAUUGGGAUCGUCGGGAUUGGAAUAGCUGGCGUCACGAUCUUUGGCAUGAUAUUCAGCAUGGUCCUCUGCUGCGUGAUCCGUAAUUCAAGAGAUGUAAUAUAAAACUCCACCUGCAUGAUAUUGAAAAUCUAGGACUUUCUCACUAAAUGUCACAAGAGGUAUCAUCUUACUCAGCUGUUAAAGUGGAAAGGCAUUAAGAUCUCAAAUGAUUUGGUUUCCAGUGUACGUUUGCACAUGUAUGUGAGUGUGGUACAUAGCCUUCCUGUCCUCGUGUUGUCAGACCCAUGUGCAGCCACACAGCAGCUGGUAUGUGCAGGGUGUGCUGAAAGCCCUGCGCUGGGGAUUCCUGUUUCUCUCUGUGAACACAUGGGGCAGGGGGGGUAAUAGCCAGCUUUAAAAAAAAACAAACCACCAAAAAGCUCUGAUUCACUUUUAGAAGGUAAUGUUCAAGACAGGGAAAGCAAAUGAGCUUCUAAAAAUCAAACACCAGCAGUAAGAGCCCAGAGAUUCCUGGGGAGAGGAGACAGAACUCUGGUGACAAUGAGGCCCUUGCAGUUUGUGGGAAUUAAUUGGUGCUGUGUUUGUGUAAUCUCAUAUAUGGUCCCAGGAGGUCAUAGAUGAGAAUCUUGGAGCCCAACGUGGUGGCAAAACUAAAAUGAACAAAGACAGCUUAAUUUGAAUGUUGUUCUGUCUUAAAGUGUAUGCGUAUAUUCACACGCAUGCAUAUAUACAGUCGUACAGAUACAAUGUGUAUAUACAUUGUAUGUAUGUGCAUGUAAUGCACAUGUCCAAUGUGUGUGUAUACAAUGUAGCUAUUCAAUAUAUUCUAUGCCGUGUGUGUACAAAAUAUAGAUAUGUGUAUAGACAUAU